UUCGCUGCAACAAACACUGAGGUUCAUACAACAGUCAGUCUGUACAGCAGAGCAAACCAUACAACCGCCUACCAUACAGGAAGGAGCGUGGCUGCCGACACUGAACAAGAACCUGUUUAUUUCACCGAUGUGACUGCAGAGGAAGCCGCCUUCAGGAGCUCAACUGCAGGUCGGCGCAGUUGGUGGAUGUACAAGGCCUACAGCUGGACAUGGAUUACUGGUGCCCGUCUUCACCGCUUUGGAUUUAGUUGAGACUCUGAACAACCUGCGCCUCCACCCGUCUCUCCCCACGGUGAAGUUAGGGGGUGUCACUGCCAAGAACAGGUGGACCCUGUUUGCGUGUUCAGCUAACUAAUCCUACAUCCACCUUAAACCUUUAUGGGGAACCAGGUGGAGAAAUUAACGCAUUUAAAUUACGCAGAGGUGCCAACGUCGGACCCAAAUGGGUUCGACCCGGACGAUGACGGACCGCGCAUUGGCGUCUCUUACAUUUUCUCCAACGACGACGACGACGAGCAGGACGACAAUUUAGAUCACUUUUCACCGGAGAACCGCCGGGUGGAUCAUGAAGAGAAGCCAUUUGACCCCCAGGACGAGUUGGAGUGCUCGAUUUACUACAGAGAGGAGUGCGUCUAUGAAAGGAGCAGCGGAGCCGCCACACUCUCUGCUGAAAGUCUCCUGAACAAGUGCAGACCGGGAGACCUGCUGGAGUUUGUGGCCACAGGACAGUAUCCACACUGGGCUGUUUACGUCGGGGACUUCCAGGUGGUCCAUUUGCACCGGGCUGAGAUAAAGAAUAACUUUCUCACUGAUGUCAGCCAGGGCAAAAAAGGUAGGAUAGUGAAUGGCCUCUACAGGUACCGUGCGCUCCCGCCUGAGGUGAUUGUGCGCAACGCCCUGGACAAUGUCGGUUCGAGAGACAGAUCGCUGUACUGGAGAAACUCGGAGUGUUUUGCAGCCUGGUGCCGCUUUGGCAAACGGGAAUUCAAAAUAGGAGGGGAGAUCAGGAUUGGGAAGCAGCCUUACAGGUUAAAAUUACUCUUCUCAGAAAAGAAGAGUCACGUCCUGGAGUUUCAGAGCUUGGAGGAUGUGAUCAUGGAAAAGAGGAGAAACGAUCAGAUUGGCAAAGAUGCUGUGAUGCAAGAGCUGGCCAACCACCUGAACACCACGAAUGAAAUCAAAGAGGAUCAUUUUGUCAACUGAUAGAGGAUGAUGUGGCUAAUGUCAGUUUUUAUGCUGAAAAAAUGGUGGUGAGGGUGCAUUUAUGCCCUCAGUCAACCUUUUGAGGAGCUUUGUCUGUGGGCUUGGUUUCAUGUGCAACUCUGCAAACAAAUAUCUUGAGAGGGAGUUUAAAAUUCAUCACAGAGAUCUGUUAUUUCUUCAACCUGAGAGGAAAAUUCCAUGUAAGGGGGCUGACAUCCAGGGUGACAGUUGACUUUCACUUUCAAGUGCGUCAGCAAACCACAUAUGGUGGUCAAAACAAAAUUCCCUCAUAUUAAAUUUGCACUGAAAUCAAGUGAAAAUGAUGCACCCCAACCCCUCCUUCUCAGAAAAAUGAGAUUUUACACACUCAACCCAAGAUUAAGUGACUUGUUAUGGUGGAUACAUUUACAUCAAAGCUGCACCCGCAGUCUAAUCAUUUGGGGAUGAAGUCACAAUUUAAUUGCCCAUAAUUAUCUUUCUAAUCCAAUGAAUCUUUGCACAGAGGAGCAAAACCUCUCCAAUGUACUUGUACCUGACGAGAGUGCUGAGAGCACUUGCUCCUGUACAACUCAGGUGUUGGAGACCAAAACAGAGCGGAAGAGUCACGACUACUGCAUUUACUAUUGUGUGUCAAAGUUGAGGAUACCUGUCUGUUGCUUUAUAUCCAAUCAUCAUACAGCUUUACCCACUUUUUUGACUACUUUGUGGACACUGCUCACAGCUAUGACUGUGCACUGUUAUCGAUUCAUCCAUUAAAACAGUUUAUUUUUUUGGAAAAGAUGUUUGUAUGAAGGAAUAUGGAAAUAAAUAUAUAUUUGUCCAGUAAAGUAUUUUUUU